AUGGCGAUGAUGCGGACCAGGACCAAAAGCCGAGGUAUGUGCCUCUGCCUUCUCGGGAUUGCAUUGGCGCUGCUCGUGCAGCCGAGCACGGACUUUGCUCGAGGAGUUCCUGGGCUGAAGGACAGCAUGUUGGCAAAACGGCACCCGUUGCAUGCCGGAGUCGCUCGGCGCGCCGGGGCUGCGCAAGAGGACAACAGUGCCGAGGACCGGCUCGAUCUCGAGGAGGUGAUUUCAGAAGCUGAACGGGUGCUGAACACAUCGGCGACGAAGAAAGACAUGCAAGUGGUCAUGCGAAAAGUGCAGCUGACAGAUCCAGGGAAGUGGAAUGAUUUGGCGACUAAGCCUGAGUUAAAGCAGCAGCUAAAGAAGUUUGUGGCAGAGGCAGCCCUAAAGGCCUUGGAAGAGGACCUGCUCCUGGCGCGACAGCAGCCAGCGAGCGCCCAGCGGCAGGUUGAGACUGCCCAGCGGCAGGUUGAAAGCGCUCAGCGGCAGGUUGAGAGCGCCCAGCGGCAGGUUGAGAGCGCCCAGGAGCAGGAAGCGAUGGCGGUGAGGCGUCUCGCUCGAGCUGCCACCGUCUUGGAGACGGCGGAGGACUCGGGCAAUGCGACAAAGGUGCAGGAGGCCAAGGAGGAGGUCCAGGAGGCGAAGAAGGAGGUGGAGAAGGCGGAAAGGAAGGUGGAGAGGGCGAAGAAGGAGGUCCAGGAGGCGGAGAGGAAGGUCCAGGAGGCGAAGAAGGAGGUUCAGGAGGCGGAGAGGAAGGUCCAGGAGGCGAAGAAGGAGGUGCAGGAGGCGGAGGUCAAGGAGGCGAAGGCAAGCGGCCGGACGAAGGAGUCCGAGGAGCAUGUGGAAAAGCUGGUUAAGAAGUUUGCGGGGGCGGAGUAUUGGGCACGCCCGACACCACGCUUUGGGAAGUAUGUGCGAGGCGAGAGGCUCACUUGGCCUGGAACAGACUUGCCUUGCCCGGGUGAGUUGCCAAACGCUUCCCGGACAGAUGAUGGCCGGACCACAGCAUUCGGCAUUGGCAACGCCUUUGGCACUGGGAAGACGGAGGUUGCGAUCCGGAGUGCCGAGAUGACCUGCGCAGCGGAGCCCGGCUUGAGAGUCGCUUACAUCUCCUUCAGCAAUGGAUACAAGAGCCCAGCUUUGACUGACACCGUGAAGGACGACAGCUUGAGGGAAGGGGAGAUGGGCCAGGUGUUCCGAUGCAGCAAGUACUGCGGCCUAUGGCUCAUGGCAGGGAUCAGGGCAACGCGGGUCAUUGACAACGAGGUGCAGGGCAACUCGAAACUCUUCCAAGCGAUUGUUGGAGCUUACAUGGGAAAUCCUCAGUGGAAGCUUCCUGACUAUGUUGAACAAACCGAUGCCAAACUAAUCGUCAUUCUUGACGAGGUGCAGAGGUUCAGCUUCAGCGCACUGGAAGGCCUUGUUACCAUGAUCGUUGUGCCGUCAAAGACUCGCAUGAGUCUUGUGGUUGGUGCUUUUUCACCGUCCUUCUUGAACCCCUCUGGCAAUCGACUGCGCGAUGUAAGGCUGCCAGUAUUAGCAGAGGAUGACAUGGAGCAGAUUUUCCAGGACAGGAUUCCAGGUGCGCAGAUCAAUUUCGAAGGAGUGUCAUUGCCGGGGCUCUUCGGCGGCUGUGUGCGGCCGCUAGCCAGUUGGUCCUCUGCGAAAGAGGAACUUGGAAUGAACCAGGACCCCACCCAGUCCUGUCUUCGCCAAUAUGAGACAUCCAGCUACUGGACGACGGCGGGCCUCGUUCAGGCGGCCGUUGCGGAUGUGCCCAUCUGCUCUGAGAUGCUGAAAACUGCAUUUAUGCAGGACAGCCUGAGUCUCGGCGCCGCCUUCGUCUUACCCAAAGACCGGCAUUUCCUUGUUUCGCUGCCACCCUUGCAGAUUGCGGCAGGCCAGUUCGAACUUCCAACUGAGAUAGAUAAGGGCACUCAAAGGAAAGUUCGUGACAUACUGACAGGUUUUUGCUCACCUACAUGGACGCAGUUCGAGGAGCUCACGGGCAUCGCGCCAGCUUUGCGAGUUGCUGCGUUGUCACAAAGCAACAUGGGCCUGAUUCUUGGUGGCCAUACCGUUCUGCAGCAUGUCUUUGGAAGCGAGGCCUCCAAUACCAAGGCCCAGGAACUGCUCAGAAAAAAUGUGAGGGAAGAUCUCGCAGUGCGUUGGGUCAGAGGUGGCACAGAUGUGGCAGCAGUGAACUUUUCUCAGCUCAGUUGUGAUGCUGGCGAGAAGGAGCUGCUGACCAUUGGCAUGGCCGCAGAUCACAAUUCGAACUUCGACCACUUCCUCAUUGUCCCGCUGGACAAUGGCGAGAAGCUCUUGUUCUGCUUAGAUGCAAAAUUUAGCGUGGAGGGUAUGGAGAAGGACUUGAACUUCGAGCAAGACAUUCAGCCCAAGCUGAAGGGAUUCUCAGCAAUGAACCUUCCAACAAGUUGGCAUACUCUGGUCCUUAUCGUGUCGAAUCGCAGGAUCACUGAAGGACAAGCAAUACGUGUACAGAAUUUUGCAGAGGCACCGCUAAUCGCAGCAGGGGCGGAGCACCUGCAGCGCGUGCUGUCGUGCUCUUUGGUCCCACCAGCAUACAGAGAGCGGCGGCGAAAAAAGCAGAGUUAG